AUGGCGGCUUGUUUUAAGCUUCCAUCGCUCGCUAAAAGGCCAAAACCAAAAACACAGUUUCCUGAGUUCGAAUGGAGUGAGGUAACUGUAGAGAAGGAGCUCGGAAGCGGUACGUUUGGUUCAGUUUACCUUGUCAAAUACGAGAAAGAACACCGUCGAAAUGUUAUUGUGAAAAAAAUGAAAGGUGAAUCGGCUGAAGCAAGACGUCGAUUCGAGAAGGAAGCGGCGAUCCUAAAAACCGUGAAAGGCCAUAGAAAUGUGACUGAGUUUUUAAGAUUUUGCCGAGAACCCUACGCCAUAAUGAUGGAGCAUGCUUGUUUUGACUUCAAUCCGUUGGGAGUUAAAAAACAGGUAAAUUCG